CAACAAUCCGCUCCGGUUUGUGUUGAGAGCUAAAACACACAGAGAGACGCACAGAGUCAGAGACACAGAGACACAGAGACAGAGAGAGACAGUGUGAGACUGAGACUCCACCAGUCUGGGAUGGACCAGCACUACGAGCGACGCCUGCUACGGCAAAUCAAUAUUCAGAAUGCCAGAGCAAGCCCUGCUAAAGCCACAGAGGUUAUGUGUGCACUGACCCCCGCCAACUCUCCUCUAUCCUCACCAAGUAAACACGGAGAUCGCUUCAUCCCAUCCCGCGCCGGCGCCAACUGGAGCGUCAACUUCCACCGCAUAAAUGAGAACGAGAAGUCGCACAAUCAAAACAGAAAGACAAAAGAUGGAACGUCAGACAGCAGUAAAGCAGAUGGCCUGGCGUACUGCGCUUUACUGAAGAAUGAGCUGCUGGGAGCAGGUAUCGAGAAGGUGCAGGACCCUCAGACUGAGGACAGGCGGCUACAAACCUCCACACCUGAGAAGACAAGUCUGUUCAGUUAUUCUCUAAGUGCCAAGCGUUCGCUUCCCGAUGACGGCAACAGUGUCUCUCCUUACUCACUAUCGCCCGUCAGCAGUAACAGUCAGAAGCUGUUACGAUCUCCACGGAAGCCUAUGCGCAAGAUUUCCAAAAUCCCCUUUAAGGUCCUGGAUGCUCCUGAGCUGCAAGACGAUUUCUACCUCAACCUGGUGGACUGGUCAUCUUUAAACGUUCUCAGCGUUGGCCUCGGCACCUGCGUGUACCUGUGGAGUGCCUGCACCAGCCAGGUGACACGGCUGUGUGAUCUGUCAGUGGAAAGUGACUCGGUCACAUCUGUGGGCUGGUCGGAAAGAGGAAACUUGGUGGCAGUGGGCACUCAUAAGGGCUUUGUACAGAUUUGGGACGCAGCCGCAGGGAAGAAGCUGUCUGUAUUAGAGGGCCACACAGCCAGAGUGGGAGCAUUAGCAUGGAACGUGGACCAGCUGUCUUCAGGCAGCCGGGACCGUCUGAUCCUGCAACGUGACAUUCGAGCUCCUCCGCUGCAGUCCGAGCGCAGGUUACAGGGCCACCGACAGGAAGUGUGCGGCCUCAAGUGGAGCACCGAUCACCAGCUCCUUGCUUCCGGUGGCAAUGACAACAAGCUGCUGGUGUGGAAUCACUCGAGCGUCUUACCCAUGCAGCAGUACACAGAGCAUUCAGCAGCAGUGAAAGCCAUCGCAUGGUCUCCUCAUCAGCACGGCCUGCUGGCGUCCGGCGGCGGCACUGCCGAUCGCUGCAUCCGCUUCUGGAACACGCUGACCGGGCAACCACUGCAGUGCACAGACACAGGCUCGCAGGUCUGCAACCUAGCCUGGUCAAAACACACCAACGAACUGGUCAGUACUCAUGGUUACUCUCAGAAUCAGAUCCUGGUGUGGAAGUACCCGUCACUGACGCAGGUGGCCAAACUCACUGGACACUCCUACAGAGUACUCUACCUGGCCAUGUCUCCAGAUGGGGAGGCCAUAGUCACAGGAGCAGGAGACGAGACUCUGCGCUUCUGGAACGUCUUCAGCAAAACCAGAUCUACCAAGGAAUCAAUAUCAGUAUUGAACCUGUUUACGAGGAUCCGAUAAUAUCUGUGCACUUUUGGAUAUUCUUACGUUUAGGACUUCUACACACUGAUCAUUAACACGACAGACUGCAUGAAUGAUGGACACUUUUAGGCCCGGCUUCCUUUUGCAGGGUUUGUGCUGCGACUGCGUCCUCUUUCAUUUUACUUGAGUGACAAAAGUAUGUAUUACCGCCAAACCUCAGUGUGAACAUUUUGCCGCUGGUUCGUGGAAGUUUUUUUUUUUUUAUCAUUUUGUUUCUUUUUCAACAUUUUGUAGAAUUUUCGUUUUGUUUUGUUCGGUUUAUUUUCCUUCACAAUGUGCCAUUUGAGCAACAAGCUUUGUGUUCAUCAGCCUUAAGUGCAGUGUUGAAAUAACUGUAAUAGGAUAAUAGUAGGCCUUGGAACAUUGCAGACUUUUUUAUGUGUGUGUGUGAGGAAGGUAUAAUUUUCAUUAGAUUUUUAAAAUAUUUAUUUAAAUAUAUUUGUCCCUUUGUCCCAUGUACUCGUUAUUGUGUAAAAGAAUCGGGCCAGGUAUUUUAAAAUUUAGACAUAUCAAAGAGACUAAAUAAAAAAGAUUCUAGGUGUUUAAUCAAUGGCAUAUUGUAAUGCUAUAAAAAUAUAUAAAUCAGUGCAUACAGUAGCAGAUAUUUCAUUUUAAAAUCCAGUUUUUAAGCAUUACCUAAAGCAGAGUGCGUUUUUCAUGCCUUUUAAACAACAGUACAGUAUUCAGUGUCAUAAUUCACAUCUUUGUGAACCACUUUUUUAUUUCAGUUGCUCAAGUCUGAUCUGAUCUCCCAUAGCAUAAAACAUUAAGUACUUGUCACUUAUUUUAUAAGUGCUCUUCUCAUGGUGUAAAUGAUGAGUUGUAUCAGUGGGAAUGAAUGCUAUUUAUUUAAAUUGUGUGAUUGUGGUGAUGUGUUGAAUAACUGAUACUUUGUCUAUUUUGUAAAGAUAGGUGCUUGUGUUUUAUUUGCAAUUCACAACCACGUACAAUAUUUCAUUUGUCAUUUUGUAUGAGCAUAAAGAAUGUUUAAAAAUAUACACAAAUGUACAUUUUUCUUAUC